CGGCAAGUGACUGACGAUGACAUCGGGCUGCUAGUGCUCCGCGAAGUGCCAGCAGACGUCGCUGAGGCCAUCGAUGUUAUCGCAAUCCACGGCAUCGGCGCACAUCCAGACGAUAGCUGGAGCAAGAAUGUGGGCACGAGGGAGAGCCCGAAGUGGGUUAACUGGCUAGUUGAGGAGAGCAUGUUACCAGCUGUAGUCCCACACGCGCGGAUCAUGCGAUACGGGUACCAGUCGCAGUGGUUUGGAGAGGGAGCGAUGCGGCAGAACGUGUCGACGGUGGCAGACCGACUGCUCCUGGCCUUGCGGCGGAAGCGAAAGGACUAUCCUUCUCGCCCAAUCCUCUUUAUAGCACAUUGCUUCGGCGGCCUAGUCAUGCUCGCGGCAGCACGGCAGGAAUAUCAAGAGGAUGAAGUGCAGCCGGAUGUGCUCAGAAUAUUGGAGCCAGGGAAUGAAUUCCUCCAGGAGAUAGUUGAUCAAUUUGGUAAAACGCGGAAACAGGCAAACAAGGCACAGGUUGCGUGUUUCUACGAGCUCAAGUUAAGUAAUGUUGGGAGCAUAGUUGGGCAGCAGAACCGGAUGGUAAAUUCUUGA